UUUCCCAGUGUAUAACAGCAAUGCUGUUUAAAGCGAACUUGUCCAGUCCUAGGGCACAGAGAGGACCGCGGAGUUGAACUAGACACAGCAGAAUACGCAAUCGGACCCAAGCACAUAACAGGAAGCGAUUUACAGAAUGGAAGACCUUGAGCUGCGCAGCUACCAGAAGGAAGUGGUGGAGAGAGCGAUAAAGGGGGAGAACGUCAUCAUCUGGUUGCCCACCGGAGGGGGCAAGACUCGGGCCGCCGUCUACGUGGCCAAGAGACACCUGGAGACCAACCCCAAGGCCAAGGUGGUGGUCCUGGUUAACAAGAUACAUCUGGUGGCACAACAUUACACCAAAGAGUUUGACCCUUACCUGGGCAAACAGUACAAGCUGGUCCAGGUCAGUGGAGACUGCGAGGAGAAGGACUUCUUCAGCUAUGUGCUGAAGAAAUCGGACCUCGUCAUCUGCACAGCACAGAUAUUGGAGAACGCCUUGGCCACCCCCGAAGAAGACAGACAUGUUGAGCUCUCGGACAUCACUCUGCUGAUCAUCGACGAGUGUCACCACACCCACAAAGAGGGAGUUUACAACCAGAUCAUGAGACGCUACAUCGGCAGGAAACACAACGGAGAGGGCAAGCUGCCUCAGAUCCUGGGCCUGACGGCGUCCCCGGGCGGUGCCAAUACUGUACCGCAGGCUGUGGAUCAUGUCCUUGAGAUUUGUGCCAACCUGGACUCAGCCAUCGUGUCGGCUGAAGUUCAUGCCCCAGAGCUGGCAGCGAAGGUGCCGAGGCCUCGCACCACUUUCGACAUCGUGGAGAAAAGACCUGAGGAUCCGUUUGCAGAUCAUUUAACCUCUAUGAUGCUGAAGAUCCAUGACUACUUGUUCAAAGCCGACCCUAGCCUGCAAUUCCGGGAGAUCGGCACACAGGACUACGAGGCAGACGUGGUUGUUCUAGAAGAGAGCGGUGUGAUACAAGGAAAACGACUGCUGGCACAAUGUGCGCUCCACCUCAGGCAGUACAACAACGCCCUGCUCAUCAACGACACCCUGCGCAUGGUGGACGCCUACAAGUCGCUGGGUGAUUUCUACGCGACCAAGGCAAACACGGCCAUCGACAAGACCGACCGCUUCCUCAUAGAGCUGUUCAGAAAAAACCAAGAGAAGCUGAGUAGUCUGUCAAUUGAUGUUCGCUAUGCGAACCCCAAGAUGGCACAGCUCCAGACCACUCUCCUGAAUCAGUUUGGCGAGAGUACGAGUUCCAGGGGCAUCAUAUUCUCCAAGACCCGGCUCAGUACCAACUGCCUUCUAGACUGGGUUUCCAGUAACCCAGCCCUGCAGAAGGCCAACAUCACAGCGGCAAUUCUGACCGGCGCAGGCAGUGGCAACAACUCCAUGACCCAGAAUCAGCAAAAAGACACAAUCCGAAAUUUCCGCACUGGUACCCUCAACCUCCUGAUCUCCACCAGUGUGGCGGAAGAAGGACUCGACAUCCAAGAAUGCAACCUGGUGGUGCGGUACGGUCUGCUCACCAACGAGAUUGCCCAGCAGCAGGCUAUGGGGCGCGCCCGGCGUAAUGACAGCGUGUACGCUGUGGUCGCCCAGCGGGGGAGCAAAGAGGUCGUCAGGGAGUUCGUAAACGACAACAGGGUGAAGUCGAUGGCAGAAGCCAUCGCAGAAAUCCAAAAGAUGACUCGCAUGGAGUUCCGCAAGAAAAUCACUGAGAUUCAAAAAGUAUCAAUUAUGUGUUUGAUUCGUGCUGCAAAAAAUCGACAAGAAAGAAAGAGUGUUAACAGCGCCACCGUUAUUAAGAUCAUUUGUCGAAACUGCUUCACUCCGGUGGCCACGGGCAGCGACAUCCAACUCCUGGACAAUAGCCACUACGUCAACGUCAACCCUAAUUUCGAGAUCUACUACAAUACCGGUGGGGAAGUCCAUCUUGAAAAGACUUUUGAGGACUGGGAACCUGGCUGUAUCAUCAAUUGCGCAAAUUGCAACCUGAAAUGGGGAUAUCAGAUGAAGUACAAGAAGUCAGUGUUGCUUGCCAAUGUAAAUAUCAAGUCCUUUGCCCUGGACACCCCGAAUGGAAGGACAACGGUCAAGCAGUGGAAGAAGGUUCCGUUCGUUGUUGAGGACUUUAACUUCCUAGAAUACUGCAAUGGGCUUCCUGGAGACCCUAUGGAUUGACACUGCUCUUCCUGCAAGGAAUUGUGGGUAUCCUUCAGGCUGUCAUUUUAGCUCAACUUCUUUAUCUUCUUCUUGCUUACAGGAUUUUAUGAAAUAUUAAGUCCCUCUCAUGUGUUUUUCAUGUCUUUUCUUGCACAUCCAUUUCCAGUCCCUGCAGUGCAUGCAAGUACGGUUCAGUAAUAUUUGCUGACUGGUUAAACCUGCACUUUGUAACUUUUUUAAUAAUAAUAAUAAUAAUAAAUGAAAUUUAUAUAGCGCUUAAUAUGAUACUCUAAGACGCUUUACAUAUUGCCAUUUUUGACCCCAUAUCCAUGAGUCAAUCCAUCCAGGAAUAUUUUCAAUCAAUCGUUUUAUUCUGGUUCUGGUUUUUCACCUUCUCUGUGGAAAUCUAAAGACGGUAAUUGUCGCCUGAAAAUUAUAUAUUUAUAACUGCUACAACUUAAACCACUAGAGGCUGCUAUUGGGAAAACGUACAUGUAGCAAUACGGCUGCUAUACGCUAGCUAGGGGGCUGUUAAGGGCUCCUUCAAACAGAAGGAAUAAAUGUGGUGGUGUUGUAAGCCGGUUUAUCGUACGUAUUUGUAUUGUAUUUGUUUGCAGAUAAUCAUUCAUGGUGCUGGCUCUCCAUGUUACUAUGCAGGCGAUAUGCAUGUGUAAUAUGCCAACCUGUGCACACUGAUUGCUCAAUGUGUAACAGGUGUGCAGCCACACCGAGCCCCAGAGUCCAAUCAGUCUGGCUCGGGCCAGGUGAGGCUGCUAAAACCAGCCAUUAUCCACAUACACUCCACAAUACAGGUUUCAAUUAGAACUCACACCUAUCUUUAAAAGAUAAGCACUUGCAACUUUUAAGUAAGUUGAGAAUGUUUAUCUUACUCUUGUAUCAUGUGUCAUUUUGAUAGAAAUUACCUUUUUUUUUCUGUGAGUGACCCUAAAGCUAUGGAGGCUGGGUUGUAGUGUUGAGUGUGUAGUAAUAUUAAAAAUACAAACUCCAAUUACUGCAGAAGGUGGGACAGGGCGGGGUCUUCUCUUGACUAUCUGCUAAGAUGUUUUGCCAAGUUGUACUUUAGUACUUUUAUCCAAAAAGAUAGAUUAUAUGAAAUGAUGUGUGAAAUUAUAUGAGUUGUUAACUAUGAUUGUUAACGAAGAUUCAAUAAAAAAAAAAAAAUCAUCUUAUAUUGUGGGUCAGUCAAUAUCUGCAUGUGAAAUGUAGCAGGUUCCCUCCUAAUAAUAACGAGGAAGAACAGACGGAUUGCUUUAUAGAUGGAGUCUUGCUAGUCGUAGCCAUAUAGGCUUCAGCUUAUAUCAUUUUUAAGAGUAACAAACACAUGUCAUCCAUACAGUGUGUUGGCAUAUACAUGCAUACACUUACCUACAUAUAUACAUGCAUGCAUACAUACACGCCUACAUAUACCCAAAAGGGUCAAUACUCAAUACAAUCCUAAAUAAUGACGUUAUCCAUAAUGAGAAUAACGAUGUUCAUCAUCAUCACCAUUAUCAACAUUCUCAUAGAGUGAUACUACUCAAUGCCUGUACUUAUCUAGUGUCAUGUCUUUGAACCUUUUUUUAAAUUUGAAGACCUUCCUACUAUGUUUUAAUUCCUCUGGUAAUGCGUUCCAUAACGUCAUGCCACUGACAGAUAUGCACCUGCUUUUCAUCACUGUGUUACAGGUAGUCUAAGUUGUUUCCAAUUUGAGUUAGCCUAUGAGGGCAUAACCCCCCUCUCUUAAACAUGUUUUUUAUGUUGGGAGGAAGUAAAUUAAUACGAGCUUUAUACAUAAUUAAGGCAGUUUUCUGGUUCACCAGGUCAAUGAAUUUC